UCUACAUCCACUUAAAAAGAUUCAAACGUUUUGUUCAAAAAUUCUCCAAAACUUACGACAUGUGUUAUGCCAUGCGGCAGAUACUACGAAACACAGGAAAUUUGUUUAUCUCUUUUUACUAUUAAGUCUCAUCUUGCAACCAAAGACCAAACUCAUCUUCUCUACCUAAAGUAACCAUGUUGUGUCUUCAAGCUUCUUUCUGUAUCUCUCUUAUUAGCUUUUAUAUAUCACUUCUCAGCUUUGUCAAUCUAAACUCAGCUUCGGAUUCAAACUCUGGUCUCUGCACUCUUUACCCAUGUAACCAACCGCCUCAACCGCCUUCUUCUACAGGCUACUCUCCAUAUGGUAAUCCUCCGCCGCCGCCUCCCUCUACAGGCUACUCUCCAUAUGGUAAUCCUCCUCCACCGCCUUCACCGCCACGUUCUCGCUGCCCUCCUGUUCCUCCGACAGGCUGUUGCAACCAACCACCACCUUCUACGUAUUAUUCUCCUCCUUAUCCUUACUUUUAUACUCCUCCUUAUCCUUACGGUACUCUGGGCGGAGGAGCAAGCGGUGGCGGGCAAGGAGGAGGAGGUGGAACCGGAGCAGCGGUGGCUCACUAUUCUUCUUCUUCCGUGACGGUUUAUGUUUUGAUGAUUGUCGUAUCGUGUGCUUUUGUUGGCUUCUAGGGCAUGCAUAGGUUUUGAUAAAAUAUUUAGAUCUAUCAAAAGCCACCUUCUUUUCUGUUAUUAUCUCAGAGUUUUUGCAGUGUAAGUUCGAAUAAAAAUAAGGGUGUUUUUCAAAACCAACCCAUAUUUUCAAGUCAAAUCCAAAACCAACCCCCUUUUUUUUGUCCAUACUAUUCAUCAAUAAAAUUUCCAUACAAUC